UGUCCCCGCCCGGCUUCCGUAGAGCGACUCCGGUUUUGUUGACGUUUGUAUCUCCCUCCAUCAGCUGACUGUCCACAAGUUAGCUGCCCGGUUUCUGACCACCUUAACACGCACAUCAACAUGACAUUACCCUGCCAGCCAGCUCUCACACACAACGGUCCGCCAAACGCGUGUCUGGACAGCUGGCAGCCCGCAACGGGGCUUAUUUUCUAACCCGCUGUCCCCCGAGAGAAAAGCGACGCGUUAGCUUGCUAGUUAGCUCGUUGCUACCGUUAGCUAGCCUGUCGAGCUACAGCGGGGAAGCUAACGGGCUAACUCAGCCGAUGUGAAGCGGAGCACCAUGGAGGGGAUUCUGUACAAGUGGACGAAUUACAUGACAGGCUGGCAGCCGCGCUGGUUCGUCUUAGAGGGCGGCGUCAUCUCUUACUACGACAGCGAGGACGACGUGGUCAAAGGAAGCAAAGGAUCCAUCAAGAUGUCCGUGUGUGACAUCAAAGUUCACCCGACGGAUACGACGCGCCUGGAGCUGAUAAUCCCCGGCGAGCAGCACUUCUACGUGCGAGCGGUGAACGCCGCCGAGCGCCAGAGGUGGCUGGUGGCGUUGGGCUCGUCCAAGGCCGGAACCCUGGAGAGUCACAGACACAAAGGUCCAGACUGUCUGAAGACGAAGAUGUCUGAACUUCGCCUGUACUGCGACCUCCUCGUCCAGCAGGUCCAAACCAUCCAAUCACAGCACACUUCUGACAUGGAGGAAACGCCCACUUCUGAGUCUUCUCUACUCAGUGCAACCUGCGCAACGUUCAUCAGGACUUUGGAGGAGUGUAUGACCCUCGCCAACCAGAGUAUGACCCCCGACCUUCGACCCCCUGAAAGGGUGAGAAGGUCAACAAGUCACCCUGGAACAUACAGCUUUGACAGGUCCGGCGUGCUGAAGGAGUACUCGAGUGGAGGUCAGAGGUCAAGUCAGCGCAGGGCCCGUACGUUCUCCGACAGCUCGCCUUACGACGCUGAACGUGUGCUGCCCAGCGUCAACGGAGACUCGUCCUCCAUUGCCGAAGAGAGGCCCGACAGCCUGAGUCCAAAGACCACGCCCACCGACACGGACACCGACCUGUCCAUCUGAGGAUCGCCCCCUAGAGGUCGUCAACAACAACAACAACAACCACCACGCCGAUGACGUCGUCUCCACCGCGCAGAGAGACGAGCCGGCAGAUCCGCUCCGGGAGGAUCCGUCCCUCUCGUUCUCGAGGCGCGCCGAGGGCCAAACACGUGCACUCCGUACCGGAGACACCGCGCGAGUGUCCAGGUGGGCAGAAGAAGCUCUCACUCUGAGGUGAUGGCGGACGCCGGAGGAGCAGGCAGCUUGUUUUCAUCCGAGGCGUCUCCUGGACCGGUUAAAUAAAAUUUUUUAAAAAAGGUUGCCGCGGUGAGCCGAGGGGUCUCCAGAUGCCAAAGUGACCCAACGUUAAAAUGUGCCAACGCUCUUCCCCCACCCCUCCCCCCCCCCCCCCCCCCCCCGCAAAGCUUCUUCUCCAUAGUUCAAGAGUCGGGUCGGUCAGAGUUUCUGACGUCACGGAUCCGCGUGAAUGUCUUCGAGUUACUGCCUUUUUUUUUUUUUUUGCAUUUGACUGUUUUCUUAAAGAGACAGGAAGCACGGCGGCCCCCCCUUCGAGCCCCCGGAAAGCACAAACCAAUCGAGUUGUUUUGUUGUCGUUUGGAUCGUUCGCUUCCUUCGGCCGCCGCGUGCCGAGCUCUCGUAUUUACACAAGCGCUCCGUGAAGCAUUGAGGGGGUAAAAGCUCACGUUCUCUGCGCCACGCGGCUCCCUGCUGAGCGUCUCUGUGCCACGUCUCAAACUGGCCCCGCAGGUGUGAACAGAACCUCGAACCAUCUUCACGUGAAAACACUUUAAUCGAUCAGCAGUGAAAACAAAUCUAGUUUUCCCGCCAGCGAUUCUAUUGGUCAAAUCCAGCCGAGAGAAAACCGCUGUGUCGGUCACACGCAACAUCUGGCUCAGUGACUGCAGGUGAUUCGCUGCUUGAAGAGGUCACCUGAACCAGAACGGCAGAAUCGACAGUGACGCAAUCGGCCGACUGAGAGGGAAACCACUCGGACCUCCGGCCGCCGGGUCCUCUCCUGUGAACUGGUCGGAUCGGUCCGUCCGGUCGGGUAUUGAACGCGCAUCGAACGGUAUCAGAGCGCAUUGGAACGACUCGUUGUUCUGCACUUUAGACUCGAGGAAACGUCGCCCUUUUGAAUGUCAGCGCUCUGAGAAACGCGCCGACGAGUGAAACUGAUAUCGAUGGUUAUUUGUGUUUCGUGUCUUAUUUUUAAAAAGAGUUGUUUUGCGGGGCCGCCUUACGUGUAACAAUUAAUACUAUUUAAGACGAGACUUCCUUGUAUUGAGUUCCCCCAAAAUGCGUGUUUUGGUAUUUAUUAUGAACAGACUGAUGUCAGAUAACUUGUGAUUUUAUAACUAUUUAUAACAGCAUGGUAGUUCUAUAUUUUAUCUCAAAUAAUUGUUUAUGUUUCUUUUUUACUUUUCUGUCAGAUUAUCUUAUUUAUACAAACAUAUGAUCGAUUUUUGUUUAGUUGAUGCCGUUACAUGAGUUUGUAAAGUGGUGAAGAACUUAUGUGCAAAGAUGAAUAAUACAAACUUAAGGAGAAUAGAUCAGAAGCAGUUGGCCUUUUAAAAUGAGCAUUUGCUUUAAUAUAUCUCCAAAUAAAUGAAUUUUCUGAAUUUCGCACAACUUUGAAUACAUUAAUUAUGAAGUUUGCUAAUGUUGUCUACACAGAUUUAACAUUAUUCUUCCCAAUUUCAUCUUUAAUGGAGCAGUUGUACAUUUUGGGCAAUUUUCUUGAAGAUGAUUGCCAUCUCUUAUUUGUCUGGUUAUCCAUCUAUAAUCUUUACGCUUUUUCUACGCAUUAAAUAAUCAAAAUAUGACACCCUUUGACUUGUAACCUUUUUCAGGACCAGGCUAGCAGUUUCCCCCCGUUCCCAGUCUUUGUGCUAAGCUACGCUAACAAUCCCCUGAGAGCGGCUUCGAUCUGCUCAUCUGAGAAAAGAGGAUAAACGUAUUUCCCUGUAAUAUCAAACUCUGUAUCAGACUUUGCAUUAUAGAAAUAAAACUAUAUUUUAAACUGAA